GAAUAAUCAGAACAUUUUCGUGAGAGAGAGAGAGAGAGAGAGAGGGAGAGAAGAAACGGAAACAGUAAUAAGCUACUUCUGAAGGAAGAAGAGGUAGCUACUUGCGUUGGAUCUACAAUCUCAAUUUCAAUCAAUCUCCGUUACUUUCUUCUUCGCCACCAUGCUUUCUGCUAGCAAACUCAAAUCCGUUGAUUUUUACAGAAAAAUCCCAAGAGAUUUGACCGAGGCGUCGUUGUCGGGAGCAGGAUUAUCCAUUCUGGCGGCUCUCGCCAUGAUGUUUUUGUUUGGAAUGGAACUUAGUAAUUAUUUUGCUGUUACCACCUCUACAUCGGUGAUUGUUGACAAAAGUUCUGAUGGUGACUUUUUGCGCAUCGAUUUCAAUUUCAGUUUUCCUGCACUCUCAUGCGAAUUUGCAUCGGUUGAUGUGAGUGACGUGCUGGGAACAAACAGGCUCAAUAUAACAAAAACGGUUCGUAAGUUUUCUAUUGAUUCAAAGUUAAGGCCCACUGGCUCCGAGUUUCAUUCGGGAACGAUUGCAAAUGCUGUUAAGCAUGACGAUGAAGUAGACACAGACUUUGUUGAAGGUUCUUUGCCACUCACAUCACAGCACUUUGAUAAAUAUGUUCAGCUGUUUCCAAUCACAGUUGUAAAUUUUUAUGCACCUUGGUGUUCCUGGUGCCAACGUUUGAAACCUUCAUGGGAGAAGGCGGCUAAAAUAAUGAGAGAGAGAUAUGAUCCAGAAAUGGAUGGGCGUAUUCUUUUGGCAAAGGUAGAUUGCACUCAAGAAGGUGAUUUAUGCAGGAGGCAUCACAUACAAGGGUAUCCGUCUAUUCGCAUCUUUCGGAAAGGAAGUGAUGUCAGAAGCGACCAUGGACAUCAUGAACAUGAGUCCUAUUAUGGAGACCGUGAUACAGAAAGCCUAGUCAAGACCAUGGAGACUUUAGUGGCAUCUCUCCCAACAGGAUCUCAACAUCUAGCUUUGGAGGAUAAAUCCAAUGGAACAAAAAGACCAGCACCGUCAACCGGUGGAUGUAGAGUUGAGGGAUAUGUGCGUGUGAAAAAGGUUCCAGGAAGCUUGGUUGUCUCAGCUAGAUCAGAUGCACAUUCAUUUGAUGCUUCUCAAAUGAACAUGUCACAUGUCAUCAACCAUCUAUCUUUUGGAAAAAAAGUGACACCUAGAGCCAUGAUUGAUGUGAAGCAUUGGAUACCAUACUUAGGUAUUAACCAUGACAGGCUGAAUGGACGGUCAUUUAUCAACACUCGUGAUUUGGAAGGGAAUGUUACUAUAGAGCAUUAUAUUCAGGUAGUUAAAACAGAGGUAAUAACCAGAAAAGGUUAUAAAUUAAUCGAAGAGUACGAGUACACAGCACACAGCAGUGUGGCACACAGCGUGAACAUUCCUGUUGCAAGGUUCCAUCUUGAGCUCUCCCCUAUGCAGGUCUUAAUAACAGAAAACCAGAAGUCUUUUUCACAUUUUAUUACAAAUGUCUGUGCUAUCAUUGGGGGUGUUUUCACGGUAGCUGGAAUCCUUGACUCGAUUCUGCAUAACACCAUUAAGGCAAUGAAAAAAAUUGAGAUUGGCAAGAAUUUUUGAUAGAUAGGCGAAAAUUUUGUAUAGCACAAUGCUUCUAAUUUUGUUAUAACCAGUUUCCUUGGGAGUUAUGUAGUACUUUGAUUUAUAUAGAUAUGUUCUAAAUCAUACAAAUGUACUUUUCUAGUUGAUACUUCAGUAAAAUGAUAAUCACAGUUUACAAGGAUAAGGGUUUCAAGGUGCAUAAUGCACUGAACUGAUAA